AUGGUCUGUCACUCUUUAGCUCCGUUCGUGGUUCUUGUCACAACCCUCUUUUUUCUGCAAGCGCAUUGCAGCCCAGUGGUAGUUGAACAGCGCGGCAUCUGUGCCACCGAAGACCCGGACACUUCGUUCUUGCACGCCCUCGAGCGUGUCAGAAUCAAUGAGUCUCAGCCAAAAGACGCCGGGUCAGAGAGUCGCAAUGGCCCUAUCGAGAUUGAAACUUGGUUCCAUAUCAUCGCUAGCAAAGCAAAGCAAGACCAGGUUUCGGACGACAUGAUCGAUUCUCAGCUCUCUAUUCUACAGGAUGCGUAUCAGGACGCAGGUAUUCAAUACCGACUGCAAGGUGUCACCCGCCAUGUGAAUGAUGUUUGGGCUCGCAAUGGAGAUGACCUGGGCAUGAAGAAAACCCUCCGAAAAGGAACAUACAGGACUUUGAACGUUUACUUCCAAACCGACCUCCAAGCCUCCGCCGACCAAACCGGACGCGUGAAUCACCGUGGUGCCGCUCAUUCGAGCGAUCUCUCCACCAGCGUGCUGGGCUUCUGCACCCUCCCGGAUCCAAGCGUGAACGCCAGCAGUCCCCGUGCCGACUACGUCAAAGAUGGCUGCAACAUCCUCGCCAGCGCGAUGUCCGGAGGCUCACUGGACCAGUAUAACCGAGGAGGGACAGCGAUUCACGAAAUCGGACACUGGAAUGGCCUCUUGCAUACCUUCCAAGGAGAGUCCUGCUCCGAGGAUAACCCGGGGGAUUACAUCGCCGACACACCCCUACAGUCCACCCCAACGGGUGGAUGUCCUGCUCGAAAGGACUCGUGUCCGGAUUCGCCGGGGCUGGACCCCAUCCAUGAUUUUAUGGACUACUCGUCAGAUGUCUGCUAUGAGAGUUUUACGGCUGGCCAGAACGACCGUAUGCGAAACAUGUGGGCAACAAUGCGUGCAGGGAAAUAG